ACCCUUUAAAAUCAUCUCUAACUUCUAAUCGACGGUUCCUAAUAAAGCCACGUCUACAUUUCUGAAAGCUAACGUAGUUCGCGACAACGCACAAGUCUUCUUCCCUCCACCAAAUAUUCUCUUGACUCCGAUCUAUCUAUCGUUUCCUCUCCGAUUAAAUCUGAUCGGAUUCUCGCCAAAACUACAACGACCACCACAUCAGCGAUGCAACAAGGAGAUUACAAUUCCUUUUAGCUUUGGAGAAUCGUAUUUUGGCGGAAGUGUCCCAAAGGUUGAGUUAUGCCAAGGAAUAUGCUAGUAGGAACGUGAGCGUACAGACCCAUGGAGACCUCACUAGAAAGUUACAGGAGGAAAUGGAGAAGAACCGCAGGUCUUCAUCUGGUAAUUAUUUACGUUUAAUAUAGUUCAUGGUUUUGGUUUAUGUUUCUUCUCAUUAAUGGUUUUGUUGAGAAGGAUAGAUAUGACUUCAACAGGUUCGAGGGAAGGAUCUGGAAGGCGGAUGAAGGAGGUCGCUUGUCCAACAUGUACAGUGCACUUUCAGGUUUCAGGUUCCAAUCUCAGGAUCAGAGACCAUUGAGUGUGGGGUUUACCAAAAUCCUUUCCUUGUUAGCUCGCAUUGAUAAUCCUUACCCGCUGUUCAUUGGUUCCUUGACAUGGUGACAUAUAUUGUCAAUUAAACGUAUGCGGUUUGGUCAUUUUGGCAAUUGAACUGGGUUUGUUCACACCAAAAAUAAGUUGUUGGUCGUGUCUCUCAUGUGGAUGCUGGUUCCCAUUUGUGUGUAUACGAGUGUCUUUCGAGUGAUGAAGAAUCUUUUAUGUAGCCCGACUCUUUGAUGACUGAUUGUUUGAUUUUACUCAUCAAUAUUUCUGACCAUUUAUUUGAUCCGUGAGUUUUUAAAAAAAAAAUUAUAUAUGAUUUCUUUGUUCAUGUAAAAGAUAUUAAAAAUGAGAACUCGUG